AUGGUUCGGCGCAGCGACAGGGCCGCCGGUGAGACGGGGCGGAAGAAAAAGGCAGAGGGCGGACGAGGCCGUUUGCGCCGCCGCCACAACAGCAACGACGACGAGGAGGGCAUGCUGGAGACGCAGCAGCCGGGCAAGUUGUCGCUCAGCAACCCGCUGAUUCCGCCGGACCUUGACGAAGACAUCGACGACGACCUCGCCUUCAACAGCGACGAUGAGGAGAAAUAUGGCCAUUUCUUCCAGAAGAAGUCAAAGCCUGACACCGGUGCUGCUGUGAAGUCGAAGAAAAAGAAGAAGGGCACGUCGAAGCGGGACGCGGAGGGGUUCGACGAUACGGAAGAGGCGCUGGUGCUGCAGCAACUCCGCGCGCUUGGUGAGAUUGACGACGCCAGCGACCUGGAUUUCCACGAAAGGGACGAUCGCGGCGAUGACGAUGAUGAGUACGUCGACCUCGCCGACAUGUUUGACGCGGCCCAGCAGCAGGAAGGAGGGGAGGGAGAUGGCGGCAGCAGUAGCAAGAAGAAGAGCGGCACCAAAAAGAAAAAAAAGGUUGACGAGGACGGCGUGGCGAAGAAGCGGCGCCGCGCCCGCGUCACGGAGGAAGCGGAGUCCCUCUAUGGCCCAACCGCUGUCGAGGGAUCGUACAGCAGCGCACUGCAGCAGAUCGUCGCCACGUCCCCGGCGACGCCAGCGCAAGCGCGCCUGCAGCAGACCCUCGCCAAUAAGCGCAACCUCAUCAGCGUUGACGUGGAUGAACACACAAAGGAAAAGAUGGUGCGCAACGAGGUGCGGGAUGUCGUUGCGGCUGACCUCGCCAAAUACAACACGUUCCUGCGUGAGCAGCGCGAGGCACGGCACGUGCAACUGCCAAUGCCGAUGCCGGAGAGCAACCCAGUACCGUCCACACUCGGCGCCAUCGCCGCGGCGGCGGAGUCCCGCUUUGCCCCCCACGCUGACGCAGAGACCGACGCAACAGCAGCAGCGGGGAUAAGCGGCAACGCGACGCGUGCGUCUGCUUUCCGCCUCGCGAACAGAAUGAACGCGCUGCUUUCCGGUGCCGGACUCUCGCGACCGCAGCUCCGUGAGGCGGCUGUAGAGGACGGUGUUGUCCCGCUCGGCGACGACGACGAUGAUGGCGCGGGUGCAGCAGCAACGCAGCAUUCCGACGGCGCUGAGGUGCCGGCGAAGAGUUACAUGGCAAAGCUGAAGGCGAUGCUGUCGUACGAGAACGCACGCCGCCGCCGUCUCAACCGCAUCAAGAGCAAAACAUACCGGCGUAUUCUCCGCAAAGAGAAGGAGCGCGAUAAGGAGCGGCGCGAGAAGGCAUUCGAGUUGCUCCACCCCGAGAAGGCACGUGCGCGGCUGGCGGAGAAACUCAUGAAGGCACGUGUUGAGGAGCGGGUGACGCAGAAGCACAAGAACACGAGCAAAUGGGUGCGCCAUGCGAAGCGCUUCGCGCAGUUCGACGGCAGCACGAAGGACGCCAUUGACGAGCAGCACCUGCUGCACCAGAAGCUUAUGCAGAAGAUGGAGGAGGAUGCUGACGAGGAUGAAUACCUUAACGCCGGUGGAAACGGCCGCGCCGACAGCGAGGCGGCGUCGAGCGAAGAGGAGCGCGUCGUUGACUACCUCAUUGCCGAAGCAUCCGGUAAGUCCAAUCAGCAGCAGGAUGCGGAUUCUGGCGAGAAGGGGGUUGGCAAGAAGAAAGCCACCUCCGUGCUCUGGCGCAGCAUUGACGAUGAAGAGGAUGAAGAGGGAGACGCCGCGGCCCGGCGCAUGACGCCGACAGAGAAGGCGCGUGUGGACCUGCGGAGUAUGAAGUUCAUGCAGCAAGCCAGAGAGCGUGAGGAAAAGCGCUACGCAGAUGUGCUGGAGCAGCUGCAGGAGGAUAUUCGCCGCGAUAUGCGCGGAGAGGCAGUUGACGGUGACGCGGAGCCACUGGACCUCAACGACGGCAAAGCCAAGGUGACAUCCACGAAAACAAAAAAAGGAUUGCCCACGCCAGCGACGGCUAUUGUCGGCCGCAAAGCGUUCACGCAACAGCAUGACGGGAAAAAAGGGGACGAGAGUCUGGAGAGCAUUCGGCUGAAAGGCCAGUUCGGUAUUGAUGCACAGGCGGAGGCAGCAAAGGACAGUGAUGACAGCGGCAAUGUGCGCGAGGAAGAGGAGGAGGAGGACAUCGACGACCUCUCAAUCAAGGACGGCGACAGCAGUAGCAGCAACAACGGCGACGCUGGUGACGAAAGGAAGAUGAAGUCUGCGGGCUCCAUCCGAAAGUCUACAAAACGGCAGCGCGGUGCCAAGGAGGAAUUUGCCGGUAGCCGAAGGCCAAAGAUCCCCACUGCUGGCUCACUUGGCGAUAGCAGCAGCGAUACCGCUCCCUCUUCGGCGCGUAAAAAGGCGAGCAGCACGCGAGUUACUAUUCUGCCGAUCGGUACAAAGCGGUCACGCGGUGACGGUGGUGCUGAAGAUGCAGCAGUAAGUGCCACUGACGUGACUGGCAAGAAGCGGGAGAGGCAGGAAGAGCAGCAGCUGCCGAAUGACGACGGCGAGGCAACGCUCCAGCAGCAGCAGGAGUACCUCGUCGCACGAGCUUUUGCCAGCGACGAGGUGGACGCUGACUUCCUUGCGGAGAAGGCGGCGCAAGUGGAGGCCAUCAUGAAGCCGGCUGAUAAGAACGCAUCGCUGCCCGGCUGGGGCGAGUGGGGUGGCGCCGACGCGCGUCUCAACACCCGCCAUCAGGCCAAGGUGCAAGCGGCGGAGCUGCAGCGGCAGAUUGAGAAGACGGCGCUGCUUAAGAGCCGUGCCGAUGCGGCACUCGAUCACGUCAUCAUCAACCACGACGGUGUGGAGUUGGUGCCGGACCGCAUGCUUCUGCAUAUGAUUCCGAGACCCUUCAGUAACCCGGCGGAGUUCGCGCGGUCGAUGCGGCACCCGCACGGGCCGGAGUGGAACUCGGCGCUCUCGUUCAAGGAGGCUAACCAGCCGCGAGUGGAGGUGCGCCAGGGCCACGCGGUGUUACCGCUUGAUCUCUCGCUCCGCGGUAGGAAGAAGGUGGCGAAGACAAAAAGGCGCAAGACGGCAGCAGCAGCAGCAGCGUAG